AUGUUAUUAAAAAAUGAUGACUUAACAGUAACUGAAUAUAUAUCGAAUCAGUUGGCGUUAGAACAGGAAGCAAAAGAGUUAAUGCCAUGGACUCCGAAAAAAUGUACUUACAACAUAGGUCCAAUCAGACAACAAAUAUUUGCAUGCAGAACACAUAAUAAUAUUGGCAUAUGUUAUUCUUGUUCCAUAUUAUGUCAUACAAGCUGUGAUAUUGUGGAAUUAUUUACCAAGAGACAUUUUACGUGUGAUUGUGGCACUGAUAGAGAUAAUCGAGUUGAAGGCCAUGACCAAAUUCGAUGUGAGCUUAGAAAAAAUAGGUCUGAUGAUGUAUCGGCGUCGGAUAAUGUAUACAAUCAAAAUUUCCAAGGGCUUUUCUGUAGUUGUUCUAAGGAAUAUGACCCAGAUUCGCCUGCAGUUAUGUUACAAUGUAUUUUGGGAUUGGAGUGUGAUGAAGAUUGGUAUCAUGAUUAUUGUAUUAUGGGGAAAAAAAAUGAGGAGGUAAUCAGAAGAAAAAGUGAAGAGGAUCGAGAAGUGUUAGAGGAGGCUCCAGAUGGUUUCCCAAAUCUAGAAAGCUUUGAUUCUUUUAUCUGCUGGAAAUGUAUAUCUAAAUAUACAUACUAUUUCAGUAAACUACUAUCUCAUGAGGUAGCUGAGAAACUAUUCAGUCAAAAGUUAUUUCAUGGUGACCCUAAUAUAAAUGUUCAGAAAGAUAUAAAAGAUAAUUCAAAGAAACGUGAUUUUAACGAAAUGAAUAAUUCUCAAACAUGCAAAUAUUAUUCUUUAUUUCUUAAGAAAGAUUAUUCCAAAACUUUGAAAAGUAUCAAAGAGUCGAUUAAAGGCAAAGAUGAAAAACUGUAUCUAUUUUUAGACAGAAUUGUUCCAUUCUUAAUUGAUGAUGAUCCAAUAUACGAACCAUGCGAAGAAGAAGAAGAAAAGAAUGAGACUGACAUUUUCCAAUUAACAAAAGACUUUUUACAAGCAUCACAGAAUAGAGAUCAAGUGGCAGAGAACAUUGUAGCAUUCCAUAAUCUAAAAUCGAAACUGAAUAAUUUUUUAAAAUCAUUUGCUGAUACAGGCAAGGUUGUUAGGGAAGAUGAUAUAAAAUCAUUUUUUGAACAAUCCUCUUAA